AUCAUGAUUUGGUCCCGUGUGUCCCCAAUUCAGUUAGUUAGCGUAGUGCAAUAAAACUAAUGUAUAUGUAAGCAUUACAAAGCCUUAAUAAUACGGGAAUUUCCACUCAUGUCCAAUAAAUAGGACAGAAUCUUCAAACUUUGGUUCAGUUUUCGAGGAACUUUCAUCUCUACAACAAUUCAAUAAUCCUAAUAGCUUCCAAACUCCAUAGCUAAAGAACAAUAGAAACAUGGGUCCAGUAAGACGAGAGGAAGAACAUGUCGAAGUAAUUGACCACACCAACAACAAUAAUUCCACCACCAAUGGGGUGCACCCAUUAAAGAAUGGGCUCAAAAACUGCAACGGCUACAUCCCUUGGGUUCAGAGCCAACCACCAAAGAUCUUGCCCUCCAUCCUCCACCACAUUGGACACACCCCAAUGGUCAGGCUUAACCGCAUUCCGAAAGAAGAGGGGAUCGAGUGUGAAAUAUUCGCCAAAUGUGAGCUAUAUGCCCCAGGAGGCUCUCACAAGGAUAGAAUCGCCCUCCGAAUGAUUGAAGAAGCAGAAGCCGAUGGGCGACUUGUACCUGGGUCGACGGUAAUUGAGCCAACGUCUGGGAACACAGGAAUAGGCGUAGCUCUCGUUUGCGCCGUCAAAGGAUACAAAUGCAUCCUGGUCAUGCCUGAAAAAAUGAGUGCAGAAAAACACGAGACGAUGGCUGCUUUAGGUGCAAAGGUUGUCCGAACGCCAAAAACCGUACUUCACACCACGGUCGCCCAACAGAUUCAGAAGGAAACACCAAACUCGAUCCUUUUGGACCAAUAUGGAAAUAAUGACAACCCCCGCAUCCAUUAUGAGACGACUGCUGAAGAAAUUAUCGAGCAAUGUGAUGGCAAAUUAGACAUGAUAGUCAUGGGCGUGGGAACUGGUGGGAUAAUUUCUGGCAUUGGGAAGAAGAUCAAAGAGAAACUACCAUCAUGCAAAGUAGUCGGAGUUGAUCCUGAAGGCUCGAUCAUGGCUCUACCAGAAUCGAUCAAUCAGUGCAACACAAAUUUUUGGGAAGUUGAAGGCAUCGGUCAUGAUUGGCUGCCAAAUGUUUUGGACCGAUCCGUUGUUGACUCGUGGGUCAAGUGCAAUGACAAGGAAACUUUCAAUAUGGCACGAAGGUUGAUCAAGGAUGAAGGUCUCUUAGUUGGUGGAUCCUGUGGAUCCGCACUUGUCGGCGCUAUUGCGGCCAUUAAACAGGCUGGAUUAAAACGAGGUCAACGUGUCGUUAUCGUCCUUCCAGACUCUGUCCGAAACUACAUGACCAAAUUUCUAUCUGAUCAAUGGAUGCAUGAGCGAGGAUUCCUCCCUGAUGUCACCGAAGUCACGGGAAAAUAUAGCUGGUGGAAUAAACAAGUCUCAUCUCUGCCAAACUCUAAAGUGAUUACGCCAACUCUUGGUCGUGACGCGACAGUGGGCGAAGCUAUUUCCAUCAUGAGGCAAGGACGAUACGAUCAACUCCCUGUCGUGGACAGUGAAGGUUUCAUGCUGGGCAUGGCUACAUUGAACCACCUCUUAAAUUCACUACCCUCCACGGAAAUUACGUCUUCCACAAAACUCGACAAAUUCCUCUUUAGCCAGUACAAACGAGUGGCAGAAACAGACUCAUUAGGAAAACUUAACUACCUUCUACAAGGGGCCCAUUUUGCCGUUGUAGUGGAACCAGUGUCCAGAGUUAACCAAGAUGGAAAGACAGUUGUUUUAGAAAGAUUAAAAGGGAUUUUGACUUCAAUGGACCUCGCGGAAGUUACCCUUCUUUAGAUGUUCGUUGGUUUAUACUUAUUACAAAACUCGCUUAUUUCAUACAGCUAAUCCGCCUAUUUUGGUAAAUAAUUAAUUGUGAAUAUUUUUUAUAAAUUAUUGUGUAUAUAAACUGUAUAUUGUAGAAGUACAUAAAUAUUAUAUGAUAGUUUUUACUAACACAUUGAUGAAAUAUAAAAUGCACUUAUCCUUAGUAGUUGGCUUAUGAUAGUUAAGAAAUGCCAAGUAAUUCUAAAUAGUUUAGUUUCAGGAUAGAAUUAUAAUCAAUAUAAAAUAAAAUUGUGUGAUAUAAA